AUGCCUCGCGACGGAUCCGGCGCCGCCGACAACGCCAUCGAUGCCGGUCAGACUCAAGUGCAUGGCGUAGGCAAGAGUGAUGCCAUCCCAGACCACACCAAGACCAACGUCGCGCCGAUGCCCGAGCCGGAAAAGGGCGCGGCGAUUGAGGGCAUGGAUGCUAGUGGUGGUGGCUCGGCGGGGAUUGCGCAGCGUACGAAUGAGCAGCUGCAAAAGGAGGCUUUGGGGAAGAAGUAG